CUCUCCUUGCCCCAUUCUCUGUGUCUCUCUCCAUGUCUCUCUCCCCUCUUUGUCUCCUUGCCCACAUUUUUGUCUUUUUCUGUCGUUUGCUCUCUGGUCUCUUGCUGUGUGUCGCAUUCCGCUCAGUCUCUGUAUUUCUGUUUCAUCCAUUUCUCGGGCUCCGUCUGUCUGAGAUCUUCCCCUGCCCGGCCCCCUUUCUCUACAUGGUGCUAAUGUGCCAGGUAUCGGGGUCAGACGCAUUUCCAGGCAUCUGGGUCCCCGCAGACCUAAGCCCAGGCUCUGACUCCUCUCUAGUCCCUAGGGAGAGGGUUGUUCCAUCGACUCGGCUUUCUCCGGAUCGGGCAAGUUCUAUAAGGUCGAGUCCCCAUCUGUCAUUUGAAAACCCUGUGGGCUGGGAGAGUGGGAACUCCGAGGGUCCUUUCAAGCCCCGUGCCUGACGAUUUCUGGGACCUCUUCUCCGAGGCAGUCCCCAGGUUUCCCAGAGUCUCUAGGUCUAGACUCCGGGUGACAUUAGCGCUUCCGCCCUGUCCAAGCAGCUCUAAGGCAACCGCGCCCUCAGCAAACACCCCCCUUCCACCGCCGCUGCCCCAGCAACACUUGGGGGCGGGCCUGGGGAUCACGUGUCGGAUCUCGGCCUCGCCCCCUCGCCCCCACCCCUUCCGUCGUCACUCGUGGGAGCGGAGUGGGGGGCGCUGCCUCCCAGUCUGCAAGUUUGAUUCCCAGAGCCGACGGCGCUGGGGCCGGAGGGGAGGGCGGAGGCUCCUGACUCUACCCCCUGACCCUGCAGGCCCGACUGCCCCUACGUGAUCAGACCCUUGGUCCCCCUCUCCCCCCAUGCCCCACCGUCCUCACGAUGCCGAACGGUCCGCCUUGGCAGCUGUUUCUACCGCUACUCUGGUCGUGGGGGCCGCUGCUCCGGAGGGCGGAGACAGGCUCUGUGGGGCAGACGGCGGGGGAGCUGUACCAGCGCUGGGAACGGUACCGUAGAGAGUGCCGAGAGACGCUGGAGGCCGUGGACCCCCCAGCAGGCCUCGCCUGUAACGGGUCCUUCGAUAUGUACGUCUGCUGGGACUACGCUGCACCCAACGCCACCGCCCGUGCGUCCUGCCCCUGGUACCUGCCCUGGCACAGCCACGUGGCUACAGGCUUUGUCCUCCGCCAUUGUGGCAGUGAUGGCCAAUGGGGACCUUGGAGGGACCAUUCUCAGUGUGAGGACCCGGAGAAGAAUGGAGCCUUUCAGGAUCAACGGCUGAUUUUGGAGCGGCUGCAGGUCAUGUACACCGUGGGCUACUCCGUGUCCCUGGCCACACUGCUGCUGGCCCUGCUCAUCUUGAGUUUCUUCAGGCGGCUGCGCUGCACUCGAAACUACAUCCACAUCAACCUGUUCACGUCUUUCAUGCUGCGGGCGGCGGCCAUCCUCACUCGAGACCGUUUGCUACCUCCUCCUGGCCCCUACCCUGGGGACCAAGCCCCUGUCCUGUGGAAACCGGCCCUAGCUGCCUGCCGCACGGCCCAGAUCGUGACCCAGUACUGCGUGGGCGCCAACUACACGUGGCUGCUGGUGGAGGGGGUCUACCUACACAGUCUCCUGGUGCUUGUGGGAGGUUCCGAGGGGGGCCACUUCCGCUGCUACGUGUUCCUCGGCUGGGGGGCCCCCGCGCUUUUCGUCAUUCCCUGGGUGAUCGUCAGGUACCUGUACGAGAACACGCAGUGCUGGGAGCGGAACGAAGUCAAGGCCAUUUGGUGGAUCAUACGCACCCCUAUCCUCGUGACUAUCUCGAUUAAUUUUCUCAUCUUUAUUCGCAUCCUUGGCAUCCUCGUGUCCAAACUGAGGACGCGACAGAUGCGCUGCCCGGACUACCGGCUGAGGCUGGCUCGCUCCACGCUGACGCUGGUGCCCCUGCUGGGCGUCCACGAGGUGGUGUUUGCUCCCGUGACAGAGGAACAGGCCCGGGGUGCCCUGCGCUUCGCCAAGCUCGGCUUUGAGAUCUUCCUCAGCUCCUUCCAGGGCUUCCUGGUCGGCGUGGUCUACUGCUUUGUCAACAAGGAGGUGCAGGCGGAGAUCCGCCGCUGCUGGCAUCGCUGUCGCCUGCGCCACAGCCUCGGUGAGGAGCGGCGCCAGCCACCGGAGCGCGCCUCCAGGACCCCGCCGACGGGCUCAGGCCCCCGCCCGGUCGCCACUGACCGCACCCCGUCCUUGGGGGCCCUCCCAGGGCCUGGGAAUGAGGCCAGCCGGGGCUUGGAAAGUCACUGCUAGGCAGCGGUCCAUUCGAGUUAGCACGUAUUUAUUGAGCGCCUGCUGUGUACCAGGUCCAGUGUGGAGGGCACUGGGGAAAUUGGGGUGGGGGUGGGAGGGGGUAAACAGAAGAAAAGGUCCCUGUUGCAGUUCACCAACGAGUGGGGGAAACAGCAAAGACAGAAAGAACAUCAAGUGACACAUUCAUUGUGGAAUGGCCCAUGAAGAAAAAUGAAAAGGGAGCCUAAGGUGACCCAGGAGGAUCUGUCUCUGAGGUGACACUUAGGCCAUACCUGCAAGAGGUGAAGGAGACCACUUUGGGAAGAAAAUUCUAGGCAGAAGCAACAGCAUCUGCAAAGGCCUCGAGGCAGGAAAGAGCUUGGGGGACAGGUGGCCUGCGUGGCUGCAGUGAGAUGUCAGUGCCCAACCGAUGGGGAGAGAGAAGUGGGCAGGGGCGCAAGAUCUGGAGUUUUCUUCCAGGGGCAUUGAAGAUUCCUAGCAGGAGUGUCUCAUGGGCUAAUUUUUUUUUUUUUUAAUGUUUGUUUUGAAAGAGUGAGAGAGAGAGAGAGA